CAAUGGCUUCCUAAAAUAGACCACCUUAAACUCGUCAAUUGAACAAACCAAAAUGUAUUUGUAUAAGUUUAACCUACUAGUUGACAAACUCAGCGAUGUCAAACCAGGAAUUCAUGGAUAUAAUACCUUCGUCAAAGUAAGAAUCAAAUAUCUAUAUCCUAGAUUGAAGAAAUCAAAAAAGAAUAAAUUAAAAGAUAUGAUGGUUCACUUUUGGUUGUUUCUGAAGGUUUGGCCGGAGAUGAUACAGGAGUCAUUAGAUUCAGAGUUGUUGGAGAAUAUGCCAAUAUUCUUGAGAAAGGUAAAUGUUAUGCAUGGAGAAACGGAUUGUCUGAAGUCGUUUAAGAAAGACACAGACUCUCACUUGAUUAAUUUGGACGCAUAACCCCUGAAAAAGUAAAUUAAGCAAUUUAUUUUUCAGGAUGAUUUAGUUGUUGUCAACUAAAAUGGCAAGAAAUACUCUGAUAUUGAAUAUGUGAGAAAAGAUGCCAGACCAAAUACAAACAGAAGAGACAAUAGAGACAAUAGAGACAAUAGAGAUAACAGAGAUAAUAGAGAUAACAGAGACAAUAGAGAUAACAGAGAUAACAGAGAUAACAGAGGAUAAAGAAGACCAUAAGGUAAUAGACCCAGAGGAGGAAACUAAAAGAGAGAUUGAGU